AUGAGGUUCUCAACUUUUGUGAAGCAAUCUGAGCUUGUGCUAGCCAGGCUUAAGUCAAUUGAAGCAAAAGUGCUUGCUAUCGAAAAGGAACCUAUCACUCCUCAACUUAUAACAAAGCUCACUCUUUUGGAUUCCACCGCUACAGCCAAAAAUAAUGAUUUUGACAAAUUAGUGAAUAAGUUGUUCGGCACUGUGCCUUUACCUGAGGAAUUAGAUGAAAGUGAAAAUAUCACUACAAUUUCAACAUUACAAGAUGAAAUAAGUGAUCUCUAUGUGUCUAUUCACUCUUUGUGUGUGAACUUGAUACCUUCCCCAAGCUCUAACCAGUCGAGCCAGCCAAACCUGGAUGAUUCCAAUGCAGCUAUCAGCCAAGUAGCUACAACUAAGAGUCGAAGUGAUAACUCUGUAACUCCUAAGUUAGAUGAGUUAACCAAGUACAUUGAGUCUCACUGCGUAAAUCUUGAAGCAGCUAAUCUUACUAAUGUGGGAUCAUCUCUUAAGGGUAACACAGACAAACGAGCUCCAAGUUCUGACUCAAAUAAAAAUGAAUCUGGUUUUGUUGGUUUGACAAAUACAGAGAACACAGUUCUUCUUGCCACUGCUUUAAUUGUGGUAAAAUCAAGCGAAGGUAAGACCCUAGUUUGUAGGGGAGUUUUAGAUUCUGCUGCUCAGUCUACCUUCAUUACUCAAAGAUGUGCUCAGUCUUUAGGGAUUAAGCGCUCUCAUGCUAAUAAAACGCUUAUUAAUGGCAUCUCGUCUGCUCAGGUGAAAACAAAAGGGUUAACUCAUGUCACUCUCCAGUCCCUUAGUGGAUAUGUAUUGCCAAGCUCUCACCCUGUCUUCAUUUUGGAUAAUAUCACUCCAGAUUUACCUCGAGCUAAGAUCACUCCUGAAGUUCGCUCACAGAUGCAACAUUUAAUGUUAGCCGAUCCUACUUUUGAUAAACCCGCUCCUAUUGAUGUUCUAAUUGGAGCUGACCUUUUUGCCUCCUCUGUGAAAGGCCAGUUUUUGUCACUUGGUGAGAAUAUGCCUGUAGCAAUUGACACCAUUUUUGGAUAUGCGCUCUUAGGAUCGACCCCUGUUGCCUCAACUUGCAAAAAUUCAUUUCAUGGCUUAGUCACACUCUUAACCACCAAAAGUUUGGAUCUUCACACCUCUAUCCAACAGUUUUGGGCUGUAGAGGAACCCCCACUUACAAGCAAGCAAUCCUUAGCCGAAGAAAAAUGUGAAAAACAUUUUGUAUCUACGCACUCUCGCACUCCUGAAGGAAGAUAUAUUGUCUCUUUGCCUUUCUCAGACGAUCCGUCAACAUUAGGCAACUCGAGCAAAAUGGCAAAAUCCCUAUUCUGGUCUCUGGAGAAUAAAUUUCGUUCUAAUCCUGAUUUCAAGGAAACUUAUGUUGAUUUUAUGAGAGAUUACUUGUCUUCGGGACAUAUGACACUCUGUCAGUCACCACGUCUUAAAAAUAAUCCUCAUUACUACCUUCCACAUCAUGGAAUUUUUAAAGAUGGAAAAUUAAGGGUAGUAUUCAACGCAUCAGCACCUACAUCAACAUCUCUGUCUCUCAACAGUAUUCUUCAUCAAGGACCAAAACUCCACAACAACAUAUGUGACAUCAUUCUCAACUUUCGCCGACAUGCGGUUGUUUUUUCAUGCGACAUCAAGCAGAUGUUUCAACAAGUCCUUGUAAAGGAAUCUGAUCAGAUAUUUCAACUUAUUUUCUGGAGAGAGAAUGAUAAAAUGCCUCUUCAAAUCUAUCAGCUAGCGACUGUCACUUAUGGGCUCACAUCAUCGCCCUACUUGGCAAAUCGUGUCAUUCAACAACUCAUUAUUGAUGAAGGAAAAAAUCAUCCUCUAGCCGCAACUGCUCUAAAGGAUCAGAUUUAUGUCGAUGACGCCCUAUUGGGUAGUAAUUGCGUAGAAAACGCUCUUUUGUUGAAAAAUGAUGUGGUUCAGUUACUCAAAAAAGGAGGUUUCGAGUUAAGAAAAUGGUCUUCGAAUAAUCCAUUACUCUUACAGUCGAUCCCUGAAGAUCACAAAGAAAAACCUAUUGGUUUUCGAGCUCCCGAACAACCAGUUCAUAGUGUUUUAGGACUUAAAUGGAUUCCUAAUGAAGAUGUUUUUUCUUAUUCUGUAGGAACUCAAAAUAUUAAGGAAACUCCUACAAAAAGAAUUGUUUUAAGUGUGAUAUCACAGAUCUAUGACCCGUCAGGAUGGUUAACUCCUGUAACCUUCUGGUCCAAAUCCUUCAUGCAAUACUUAUGGACACUUGGUCUCGAUUGGGAUGAACCCCUAGACGACAGCGUUAUAUCAGUUUGGAACAAGUUCGCCAAUGAACUUCCAUAUAUUGAAAUGCUCAAGAUACCUCGCUACGUGGGACUUUCUUCAGCUAAAGAUAUUCAGCUACAUGCUUUUUCUGAUGCAAGUGAAGCAGGAUAUUGUAGUUGUGUUUACCUGAGAGUUGUAAAUUCACAAGGAAUUAUAUCGACUUAUCUUCUGAUAGCGAAGUCAAGAGUCGCACCUCUGAAGCGUAUUUCCAUACCUCGCUUGGAGCUCUGCGGAGCACACCUGAUGUCUAAGCUCCUAAAUUACUGUAUACAACUUCUCUCACCUCACUGCAAGAUUAGUUCAUACACAGCUUGGUGCGAUUCCACAAUCGUGCUUUCAUGGAUUGGCAUGCCCUCUUAUCGACUCAAGGUUUAUGUGUCAAAUCGAGUUGCAGAAAUACAGGAAAAUAUCCCACCUUCAUUUUGGCAACAUAUUUCAUCACUAGAAAAUCCAGCGGAUGUUGGGUCAAGGGGUACCGCCCCACAAGAUUUGAUUAACCACACACUUUGGUGGAAUGGACCUGUCUGGUUGUGUAACUCUGAAGAAAAUUGGCCAAAGUCUGUCUGUAAAUCUUUACCUGAAGAGUCUAUCCCUGAAACUAAGAUUCUCACAGUUAACACUCUCUCUGCUGUUCCGGAUGAACCAUUUUCUCUCCUCACUCGCUUCUCAUCUUGGACAACACUACUUCAUGUUUCCGCAUACCUGCUGCGCUUCAUUCAUAACACCAGAAAUAAAGUUAAACAAAUUGGGAAUUUAACUUCUCAGGAGAUAAAAGAGGCUCAUAACCUGAUUUGUAAAUUGGUUCAACGAGAAUAUUUUUCUGAAGAAAUCUCAUGUUUGAAAUCCAAUAAACCUUGCUCUGUACGCAUUAGACGCCUAGCUCCUUAUCUGGAUAAAGAUGGCCUCAUUCGAGUAGGGGGAAGAAUAAACAAGGCUGAUAUCUCUGAAGAUCACAAACACCCCGUCUUGCUACCUAAAGGUCAUAGAUGUAAACCUCCUCAUUCUUCUCCACUCAUGGGGGAAUUACCUAUGAAUCGAGUUACACCUUCAAGGCCAUUUUCCAUAUCUGGUGUAGAUUAUGCAGGACACUUCUUUGUGAAGCAACAUCUACUAAGACGAGUUCAACCUAUCAAGGUUUAUAUUUGUAUAUUUAUUUGCUUCUCUACUAAGGCGGUACACAUAGAAGUAGUAACCGACCUAACAGCGGAUGCCUAUUUAGCCGCUCUUACCAGAUUUGUCUCCAGACGAGGAAUCGUUUCAGAUAUUCACUGUGACAAUGCUACAAAUUUCACAGGUGCAUCCGAAAAACUCAGACGCAACUUUGAAAAUUUAAUCAAGGAUUCCACAGUACAAUGCUACGCUGAGAAUUUCAAUAUUAAAUUUCACUUCUUACCUCCACAUGCACCUCAUCAGGGAGGCCUUUGGGAGAGGGCCGUCAAAAGUGUGAAAUUUCACCUAAUAAGAGUCAUUGGACAACAGACCCUGUCACUGGAAGAGUUUUCGACUUUAAUCACCCGUAUUGAAGGAAUGAUGAACUCUAGGCCUAUAACUCCUCUUUCUUCUGAUCCCUCGGACCUAGAAGCUUUGACGCCAGGUCAUUUUUUAGUUGGUGGUCCUCUUAUGACACCUCUUGAACCUGACUUGCGUAGCAUUCCUAUCAACCGAUUAAAACGCUGGCAGUUAGUCCAACAGUUCAGUCAACAUAUCUGGGCUCGCUGGCAGAAAGAGUAUCUGUACACUCUUCAAGAGAGAAAUAAAUGGGUCAACCCCAAGAAGAAUAUUGAAGUCAAUGACUUGGUUGUCAUUCAUGAAGACAACUUGCCUCCACUCUCCUGGAAGCUUGGACGAGUUCUCUCCGUUUCACCUGGUACUGAUGGAAUAGUACGGGUCGUGCACCUGAAGACCGCAAGUGGACACCUCUCUCGUCCUGUGACAAAGGUGUCUGUCCUUCCUAUGGAAUAG